AUGGUCAGUGUAUGUCAUAGCUACUGGCCAGUCAUCUGGUUGCAACAGACGCGCGUAGGCUUUUAUAUAUAUGAUGAUAAUGCAGGUGAAAAAUAAUGUGACCUAAAUUAAAACAGAAAGAUAAGGCUAGAGAGAAAUGGCAGAGUUCAGAUGUUUUAGAAGACCUAUUAAAUAAGAUUUCAUUCCCUACAAAGUAUAGGCAAAGUCAAGAACCAUUCCUAGGUUUAAGCUUGGGUAUGAUGCCAUUAACCAGCUUAAAGAACCUUGGAGGAAAGCAGGUGUAGAAAUGCAGAUAAUGAAUUUUAUUUGGGGCCCUGGGAAAUACAGAACUGGAAAUUAAAAGUCAAGACUGAAAUCAGAUUUGGCUGGGACCAGCAUUUCAUGGAAAUUUGAAAAGGAGAAGGAGCAAGAAAAUUAGUCAGCAUUGUCCGAUACUACACAGAAGUUUAAUGGGAUAAGGAUUUUUUAAAAGCCAUCAGAUUUGACAGUUGGAAGUUCACCAAUUACUUCAAGAAGACCAAUUUCAAUAGACGUAGGUGAGGCAGAGACACAUCAUGCUUGAAUUGGAGAGUGAACAGGAUUGUCCAGCCUAGGUCACUGUCUUCUUAAAAGCUUUGAACUUGAUGUUUUUCUUCUCUUCCCCCCACCCCCUCUCUCAUUGGCUUUUUCCACCCAUACCCUAAAACUGGAUGCCUGAACUGCAGACAUAGUGAAGGGGAAAAUAUUGUAAGAUUCUUAGGUCUUUGAUCUGUGAGAAGCCAGGAUUAGAGGAACCUGGUGUUGGUGAGUAGGCAUUGCAGAGAGCGAUCAGUGGGGAAGAGCUGGUAAGGCCAGGCCAGAGACCUGCCUCCAGAGGGGAAGGGAGAUGAAGCACAUAGGUCUCCAAUAUAGGCAGGAAUUCUGAACCUGGAAGCUGAAGUAGGAUGAGAUGCAAAGGACUUGAAGGGCUGGUGGGAGAAACAUGGAAUUCGUCCAGAACUUGGCCCCAGUGUGAGAAUGGAAUCUAGCAAAGUGUGGGGGUGAGGGGUAGAACCUGACAUCAAGUUAAUGUUAACUGGAAAGUCAGGCAGGGUUGUUUAGGUUUCUUGGGGCACACACAGGGUGGGGACAUGUGCAAAGGAGAGACUAUCAGCAGUACUUGUGACCAUCAAGAUAGCAUGAGGGACAGUUAAUGAAUUGAAAGCUAGUCCUAGAAAUACCUGGCCCAUAGACGUUUAACAAACAUUUGUGAAGCCGAACUCGGCCGUUCAGAUCAUGUGGAGGAAAGGAAUGAGAUACCCGAGUUCUGAAGAGCUGUAAGUAAAUUCUUAGGUCCCUUCAGGGAUAGGAUGGAGGCGGUAACUAAGGAAUCCCAGGCAGCUUGGAGGUGCAAAGCCCAGGGAGACCUGCACCUCGGAGAGAGUUGGAAAUAAAGUUUAGAGUAGAAGACCCAUUCCCUUAAACCUGGAGAUACCAAGACUUUACCAAGACUUUACAGGUGGGUCUGUUGGAUUUCCCCACGGGGGAGCACACCCUUGGCCUGUUUCUCUUGCCUGCACUGCCAUCUCAGCCCUCUGGGGGGCGGGGCUCGAGGGCAAGGCAGGUGGGUGGCUGUUCUGAAGCCUCGAGAGCCAUCAGUUCCUACCAGACUUCCUGCGUGGAGUGCGGUUUUACUUCAUGGCGGAGCGCAAGCCCUCCCUCUUGUCCCCUCAGCCAGUUGGCGGUGGGGGCGGGCCCAGAGGGCCAAUGCUAGUGGGUGUUGACACCCCAAUUUGGUUGAGUACCCAGGCGGCCCCUGGCAGCUUGAUGGUCAGGCCACGGAUCCAAAUGGGAGUCUGCCCUGGCCUUGAGGUGUGGGGGGUGCCCCUGAGUCCCCCGUCAUACAGACUGCGGUGCGGCGUGGUGCCCUGCGAGGCCCGGGUCGGAGCUGGCGAGGCGGGGGCCUGGCUGCAGGGCCCCUGGGAAGGCGCUCUCCGGGGGCCCCACAGCGCCCUGCGGUACAUCCAGAGGCUGAAGCUGCCCGAGGACCUCUCGGCCGUGGAGAAAGAGAUGGAGCAGCUGGCCAAGGAGCUGAGGGAAAGGAGGAUGACCCUUGGCUACUCGCAGGCCGACGUGGGGUUCGCCGUGGGCGCUCUGUUUGGAAAGGUGCUCAGCCAGACGACCAUCUGCCGCUUCGAGGCCCAGCAGCUCAGCCUCGCCAACAGGUGGAAGCUGCGCCCGCUGCUGAGGAAGUGGCUGGAGGAGGUGGACACCAAGAACCUUCUGGGCUUAUACAGAAUGGAGAUGAUCCUGCAGCAGGCACAGAAGUGGAGACGGGCGAGCAGGGAGCGGCGCAUCGGAAACAACCUGGAGCAGUUCUUCCUGCAGUGCCCGAGGCCCACGGCCCAGCAGAUGAGCCGCAUCGCUGAGCAGCUCCGGCUGCGGAAGGACCUGGUCCAAGUGUGGUUCUACAACCGGAGCAAGAUGGGCAGCCUGCCAGCUAAUGAUUUCCGCCUGCCGGAGGAAGUGGGGGCUGCCAGGCCUCCCUUCCCAGGGGGAACAGUAUGCUUUCCCCUGGCACCUGGGCUCCGGUUCGGUCCUCCCAACUACGGGGGGCCUUACUUUGCACCCCUGUACUCCUCAGCCCCGUUCCCCGAGGGCGGCGCCCUCCUCUCUGCCCCCAGCACCACUUUGGGCGUCCCCCGGCUUUCCAACUGAGGGCCUGCCCUCUGGGGAGAGCCGUGCUGGG